ACAGGGUGAGGUAAUGUGAGUAAUACUUGUCUUUAUCGUCAGGACUAAAAAAUUGAACAAUCAUCCUGUCUCAGCCAAUCACCCUGUAAGGUUGGGACCAGGUUGAUUUAUAACCUCUGGAGUUAAAUUUUAAUUAGCACAGAUUAUAUUUGUCCACAGUCCUAUCCACACUUGUGUUGAUACAUCCACUUGUACAAGAAAAAGGAUUCAGUCCUGGAUUAUGGUUCACCAGACUAAAUCAUCUGUGAGGUCCGAUGAGCUUGGUGACAUUUCAUUGUUGUCCGUUUCUCCUAAAAUAUUACCAAAGGUUUACACCCGCCCUUCCAUUCAUGAAACGCACAUAGUGAAAAGGAAAAUGGUCAAGAAGUCCCUUGUUGCUGGGCUGGUGGUCUUGCUCGUGGCUGCAUUGGGUUUUUUCCUGGGUGUGUAUUUGGGGAUUGGAAAUAAGAGACUCACUGCAUCCUCUGACCACUUUUACUCGAAAGCAGCUGUGGCAGCAGAUGCCGGGAAGUGCUCUGAGGUUGGGAGGGACAUCUUAAAGCGCAAUGGUUCAGCGGUUGACGCAUCCAUUGCUGCUCUGUUGUGUGUCGGGCUAUUCAACGCACACAGCAUGGGCAUUGGAGGAGGGCUGUUCUUCACCAUAUACAAUGCGUCAACAGGAAAGGUGGAAACAAUUGAUGCCAGAGAAACCGCUCCAAAGAAUGCUUCAGAGAACAUGUUUGGCAAUAACACCCAACUGUCACGGAAAGGAGGGUUGUCCAUCGCCAUACCAGGGGAAAUCCGAGGUUACGAAAUGGCGCACAAAAGACAUGGAAGGCUGCCAUGGAGGGAACUGUUUCAGCCCAGUAUAAAAUUGGCACGCAAUGGUUUUCCAAUUGGCAGGGCCUUGGCCAAUGCCAUUGCAAAAAACAAGGACUCAAUUCUGAGUGACGUGACGUUGUGUGAAGUGUUUUGUGACUCAAACAAAAACCUCCUGAAAGAAAAUGAUAUCAUUAGAUUUUCCAAACUCGCUGACACCUAUGAGAAGAUUGCAGACGAAGGGCCGGAUGUUUUUUACAGCGGAUCUAUGGCCCGGAAUAUAGUGGAUGAUAUCCAGGCUGCAGGAGGGAUUAUAACACUUGAGGACCUAAAGGAAUACAAGCCAGUGUUGAAUGAGACCCCGCUGAAGUUAAAUGUGGGAGAGUUCACCAUUUAUGUUCCUGAUGCUCCAUCCAGUGGACCUGUACUCGCUUUGAUUCUCAACAUAGUGGAUGGUUACAACUUCUCAGACAACAGUGUGUCCACAGCAGAGAAGAAGACUUUGACGUAUCAUCGCAUUGUAGAAGCUUUUCGUUUUGCUUAUGCCAAGAGGAGUAAACUAGGAGACCCACGUUACCUCAACAUCACUGACCUCAUCCAAAACAUGACCUCAGACUACUUUGCAGACACCAUUAGGAGUAAAAUCACAGAUGACACUACUCACCCAGACACCUACUACGAUCCCGAGUACUUCGUCCCCGACAACCAUGGCACGGCUCAUCUGUCAGUCAUCGCAGAGGAUGGGAGCGCGGUGUCAGCCACUAGCACCAUCAACCUUUAUUUUGGCUCGAAGGUGAUGUCACGCUCAACUGGCAUUAUUUUUAAUGACGAGAUGGAUGAUUUCAGCUCGCCUUACAUUACGAAUGGCUUUGGGGUUCCUCCUUCACCCAACAACUUCAUUCAGCCAGGUAAAAGACCACUUUCAUCGAUGUGCCCCACGAUAAUUUUUGACAAACACCACAGAGUCAAAAUGGUGGUUGGGGCCUCAGGUGGGACGAAAAUCACCACUGCAACUGCUCUGGUGAUCCUGAACUCACUGUUUUUUGACUAUGAUCUGAAGAAAGCGGUUACAGAGCCUAGAGUCCACAACCAACUCAACCCCAACAUGACAGUUGUGGAACAGAACUUUGAGCAGAGCAUUCUUGAUGGCUUGGCUCAGAAGAAUCACAUAACAGAGCUGGAGAGCACACCAGGAGCGGUAGUCCAGGCCAUUGUGCGACAAGGGGACAAACUCUAUGCUGAAUCUGACCCCAGGAAAGGCGGCUAUCCUGCAGGAUACUAAACACCACUUCCUCUCUCCUUUCUCAAUUUUGUAGACCUUCAGUCAUUGGUGACUAAAUCAAGAGCCAGGAACAUACACACUGUAAAGCAAUAUACCUGUCAGUCCAACGGUCAAUUUGGAUCCCAAUGCACAAGGUUGCACAAAGACUCCUUGUAUUUAUUAACUUUUUUUUUUUUUUUGAUGGGAAAAUGUUUAAUUGCUAUCAACAGUGCCUAACUUUCAUAUUGAAUGGUCUAUGAUUUUACCAAGCAUAUUUAUUCCUUUUGUGUGUAGAGAAAGAGGAUUGAUUAUCAGUAUGUGGGGUCCUUUGGUACCUAACUCUAUUGUACAGGUUCUUUGUUGUGUAAUUAAUGUUCUUGGGUUAAGGGACAUGUUAAGAGCGCUUCAAAAUGAGCAACACAAAAAGUGCCUGUGAAAGUGACCAAAUCAGGGAUGUAAGUAUGAAAUUAACAUAGUAAUAAAAAUAAUACAGGUUUUUAUUUGCAAACUGCUAACUGCAUGGAAUUAAGAUACAUUUAAAGAGAUAGAUCACCCCAAAAUUUAUAUUCAUUCAUCAUUUAUCAUCAAUGGAACACAAAAUGCAGUAACAAUGAAUAAUGAGUGAAGAUGAUAGACUUUUAACAAAAAUGAUGGAAAAGCACCAUAAAUCUGUAUGACUUGUACAUACUUAACCUUAUUUCAUUUGUUUUUGUGUUCAUCAGAAAAAAGUCAUAUUGGAAAAAAACAUGACAGUGAACUAUAUCUUUAAGCUUCUAUUUUUUAAAGCUUUUUUUUUUUUUUU